AUGCUUGGAGCAGGGAAGUCACCGAGCGUACGAGCAUUGCAGUUCAAGCUCAAGGAGAUCCUGCUGAUGUUUAAUGAUAUUCAGCUCUUCGUAUCGAAAUUUAAGGAUGAUACAAGCGCAAUUCAGAUUCAGGUUAGAUUAGGCAAGGUAGAUGAGCUGUGGAAUAUGUUUAGCGAUACUUUGGUAGAGAUUAUUUCCCAUGAGGAUUAUGUCGCAGACGAGGACAAAUACGCUAAGGAAAGGCAACAAUUCAGUAGUCAGUACUACACUGUUAAGGCAUUUUUGUUAGAAAAACUGGAACAAAUUCAGCAAGCAGGUAGUGAUCGGUCAACUAGUGUUCAUGACAGCUCCACUAUGAACAUAACGGAGCAUGUAAGAUUACCUCAAAUCAGAUUACAAUCGUUUAAAGGGGAUAUAGAUGAAUGGAUCAGUUUUCGCGAUUUAUUCACUUCGCUCAUUCAUUCUCGGACGGAUUUGCCUGACGUCGAGAAAUUGCACUAUUUGAAGGGAUGUUUGUUGGGAGAACCGAAGGGAUUGAUCGACCCUCUGGCAAUUACUGCAGCUAAUUACAACGUUGCAUGGAGCAUGAUUACCAAACGCUAUGAUAACAGCAAGCAACUUAGGAAGAGGCAAAUCCAGUCUCUUUUUGGUUUGCCUCACCUCGUCAAGGAAUCGGUUUCCGAACUGCAAGCGUUAGUGGAAGGUUUUGAGAGGAGUGUACAGAUUCUAGACCAGAUUGUUGAGGUGGCGGAAUACAAGGAUCUGCUUUUGGUCAACAUGCUGUCUAGCCGUUUGGAUCCAGUCACUCGUCGGUCGUGGGAGGAACAGUCUUCGACCAAGGACAAAGAUACGAUUAAGGAGUUGGUUGAAUUCUUGCAACGUCGCAUACAAGUGUUAGCAUCGAUACCAUCGAGAUCAUCGGAUAGUAAGGUUCCACAAACGAGUGCUCCGAGGCAAAGGGCCCUGGUAAAGGCGAGUUUCAAUUCUGCUCGGGUUUCGUCGCAACCGUCCACCAACUGCCAAGGCUCGGACUCUGUCUCCACGGUCGGAAACAGCGCUUCAUCGUCUCCUUCGGAUAAUGCGGAAUCCACAUCUGGUUCAACGGAUACUGUGGCAAACGUGGCGACCUCGGAAGUAUCGGUAUGCAACGCUGCAGGAACAUCGUCACAAGUGUUUCUCGCUACAGCAGUAAUAGUCGUCGAGGACAACGAAGGCAACCAAUAUGGAGCACGCACUCUUCUGGAUUCUGGAUCCGAAUGCAACUUCGUUUCGGAAAGGCUCUGUCAGCUUCUGAAGGUAGUUCGGACAAGGGCUGACGUCAAGGUCCAAGGAAUCGGCCAGACAUCAUCGGCGGUGAAACACCAGGUUCAGAUCAAGGUUCGAUCAAGGCUUUCAUCGUUCGCUCGGUUGGUGAAUUUUCUGGUUUUGCCGAAGGUAACGGUUAACCUUCCAGCUUCCACGGUGGAUACUCGGGGACUGACGAUUCCGGAAGGCAUACAGCUAGCAGAUCCUGGUUUCUUCAAAUCAUCUGGAGUGGAUAUGAUCCUCGGCAUUGAACUCUUCUUCAGUUUGUUUGACAUCGAUCACAAAAUUUCGCUCGGAGAUAACCUGCCCACGUUGAUCGAUUCGGUGUUUGGUUGGGUGGUAUGCGGUACCAUGGCAAUGCCGAAGGCGGUAACCCAGGUCAACUGUAAUCUGUCGGUAAAGGAUCGCCUGGAGGAUUUACUCACACGGUUUUGGGAAUGCGAGGAGGUCGCAGAUCAAAUCAAAUCUUCCCCUGAAGAACGUAUCUGCGAGGAGCAAUAUCAGCAGUCCGUUCAAAGAGCCGAAGAUGGUAGAUACAUCGUUGGUCUCCCCAAGGACGAUGUCAAACUACAGCGACUAGGUACGUCGAAAGAUAUCGCUCUGCGUCGGUUCUACAGUACGGAGCGCAGGUUGGAUAAGGAUUCCAAGUUACGUCAACAAUAUGUAGCGUUCAUGGACGAAUACCUACAGUUGCAGCACAUGAAGGAGGUUCAGGAAAUACCAGGCGACGAUAUCAAGCGUUGCUACCUACCGCACCAUCCCGUGGUGAAGGAAGCGUCCACGACAACCAAGGUUCGGGUCGUGUUCGACGCGUCGUGUAGGACAUCAAGUGGCAUAUCGCUCAACGACACUCUCUACGCUGGUCCAGUCAUCCAGGAAGACUUACGAGCGAUUAUCAUGCGUGGGCGGACAAGGCAAAUCAUGGUUGUGGCGGACGUGGAGAAAAUGUUCCGUCAAAUCUGGACGCGGCCUGAAGAUCGGCAUCUUCAGUGCAUCCUCUGGCGUUCUUCACCCGUGGAAAACGUCAAAACGUACGAACUAGCUACGGUAACGUACGGAACUAAACCAGCUCCAUUUCUGGCUACGAGGACUCUACACCAACUUGCCACCGACGAAGGUAAUCGGUUCCCAUCAGCUGCCGUUGCUAUCAAGGAGGACACCUACAUGGAUGAUGUAAUUACCGGAGCGGAUAACGUCGAGGAGGCAGUCAAUCUACGCACCGAGCUCCAAGGAUUGACGGAGGCGGGGGGCUUUCAUCUGCGGAAAUGGGCGUCCAACUGUCCUAAGGUUUUGGAUGGAGUCCCAUUGGAGAACUUGGCUAUACCUAACACCGAGGAAGUCAAUCUUGAGUCAAAUCCAUCGGUUACCACUCUUGGCCUGGUUUGGGUGCCAGGAACCGAUAAAUUGAAGUUCAAAUUCCAAAUUGCAGCACUGAAUUGUGCAGAACUUCUGACGAAACGGAAGAUUCUCUCUACAAUCGCCACUCUUUUCGACCCCACUGGACUGGUUGGAGCUGUGGUCGUUGAAGCAAAAAUCUUUAUGCAGCGAUUGUGGACACUACAGGACGAAACUGGUCAACGGUUGGAUUGGGAUCAACCGGUACCGUCGAAGGUGGGCGAGGAAUGGUGCCGAUUCUACGAACAUCUACCACGGCUUCAAGAGAUUGAAGUCAACCGAUGCGUUAUCAUCCCGAAUGCAGUUACAACAGAGGUUCACUGCUUCUCCGAUGCAUCAAUGAAGGCUUACGGCGCUUGCCUAUAUUUGCGAAGUCAGGAUGCGUCAGGCAAUGUUUUCGUGCGCCUUCUGGCAUCCCGUUCAAAGGUGGCACCAUUGAAAAUACAGUCUCUGCCCAGGUUGGAACUAUGUGGAGUAUUACUUGGAACUCAACUUUGCCAGAAGGUUCGAGAAGCAAUUCGUUUCAACGGAGGAGUUUACUUUUGGACAGACUCCACAUGUGUACUGCGUUGGAUCGCCGCAACUCCGGCGACGUGGACUACAUUUGUCGCCAAUAGAGUGUCCAAAAUCCUAGGUCUGUCAGAUGGAUGCCAUUGGAGACACGUGAAGGGAACGGAAAACCCAGCGGAUCUGAUAUCCCGCGGCGUGAAUGCUGCAAACAUAAUCAAUAACGACCUGUGGUGGUCGGGACCUUACUGGCUACAAUUUCCCCAAGAACAAUGGCCAGUACGAGGAGUAGAACCCAACGAGGAAGGAGAAGAGGAACGACGACGAUGUGCUACAGCAACGACCGUGACAACCUGCGACGAGUUCAACCAAUGGUUUAUUUCUUUGUUCGAUACGUACGAUGAUCUGAUCCGUCGAACUGCUUUCUGGUUGAGACUGAUGGACCUACUUAAGUUGCCUCGAGACCAGAGGACGAAAACGGAAUUUCUAACAAUCACGGAGAAGAAAAGGGCCGAACAAGUUCUCAUUCGCCGAGUUCAAAUGGAGUCGUUUCCGGAAGAAUGGAAGGCGUUAUCCAAGGGUUCAGCUGUAUCCUCGAAAUCGCCGUUAAGGUGGUUCCAUCCAUAUAUUUCCAAGGCGGAUGGACUUUUGCGCAUCGGAGGAAGACUUAAUCAGUCCCAGGAGUCGGAGGAUAAGAAGCACCCACCAAUUCUUCCAGCUCGUCACAUCUUUACCCGGAAGCUUCUUCAAUCAUACCACGAGAAAUUGUUGCAUGCUGGACCACAAUUGUUGUUGGCAACUGUGAGGCUUAAAUACUGGCCGUUGGGAGGAAGAAGUCUUGCACGUCAGUUGGUCCACAAUUGCCUUAAAUGCUACCGAGCGAAACCAUCGACCGUUCAACAAUUUAUGGGAGAUUUGCCGCAGUCGAGAGUAACAGUUUCGAGACCGUUCUCUCGUGUAGGAGUGGAUUAUUUUGGCCCCGUGUAUGUGAGGCCCAGCCCAAGGCGAGCAGCUGUUAAGGCGUACGUGGCCCUAUUUGUUUGCUUCUGCACCAAGGCCAUCCAUAUGGAGUUGGUGACAGAUUUAUCCACGGAACGGUUCAUCCAGGCCCUGAGACGGUUUAUUUCGCGCCGAGGAAAACCAAGCGACAUUUUCUCCGAUAACGGAACUAAUUUUGUUGGCGCGAAAAAUCAGCUGGUUGAACUGAGAGAGCUACUUAGGAGUCAGGACUGUCUCGAGAAGAUCUCCAAGGAAUGUCAUGCAGAGGACAUCCAAUGGCAUUUUAACCCUCCCAGUGGACCUCAUUUCGGCGGCCUGUGGGAAGCUGCAAAAACGAUGCGCUUUCAGGAUGGGCGAGCAUGUCUACGACUAGUACCAUGCCUUGCUACGCCUAUGACCCACUCUGCUCCGAUAUACAUGCCAUCGAGAGAAGAUGAGCUAGAGAUGGAUAUUGCAACCUGGUUAGAUCGGAUCGAUGACGUCAGCGAGGGUCAUUCGGGUGUCGGAGUUAGGUUCGGGAUCGUGUGA